CGUUGACGCUUCUAUAUAAUCAAGAAACGUUGUCUGUGAAAUUCACAAAAACAAGAAAGCAAAAGACUGUUCUUGUCACAUAUUUAUUACCAUUGUUGAGAAGAUGGAGAUGGAUUCUUCUUCACCUCGAAAACCAAUUCAUGUAAUGCUCGUGUCAUUUCAAGGACAAGGCAGCGUCAGUCCUCUUCUUCGUCUCGGCAAGCUAAUUGCAUCGAAAGGAACAGUCGUCACCUUCGUCACUACAGAGUUUUGGGGCAAGAAAAUGAGAAAAGCCAACAAGAUCGUCGACGGCGAGCUUAAACCGGUUGGUUCCGGUUCAAUCCGGUUUGAGUUUUUCGACGACGGAUGGGAAGAAGACGACGUAAGGAGAGGUGACUUCGAUCUCUACCUCGCACAGCUCGAAAAAGCCGGGAAACAAGAACUGCCCAAACUCGUGAGGAGAUACAAUGAAAACAACGACCCUGUCUCUGCUCUGAUCUAUAACCCGUUUGUCCCAUGGGUCGGACACGUGGCGGAAGAGUUCAACAUUCUCUACGCAGUUCUCUGGAUCCAGUCUUGUGCCGUUUUCUCUGCUUAUUACCAUUACCUAAACGGCUCUGUUUCUUUCCCGACCAAAACAGAGCCUAAGCUCGACGUGAAGCUCCCUUGCGCUCCUGUCUUGAAAUACGACGAGAUCCCAACUUUUCUCCAUCCUUCUUCUUCUCACUUCACAGCACUGCGAGAAGCUGCUCUAGCAAUAUUCAAAAAUCUUGAUAAGCCCUUCUGUUUUCUCAUCAGUUCUUUCGACGCAUUGGAGAAAGACGUGAUCGAUUACAUGUCGAAGCUCUGUCCGAUCAAAACUGUUGGGCCGCUUUUCAAAGUCGCUAAGACGGUGGUCACUGAUGUGACCGGCGAUUUCUGCAAACCGUCGGAUCAGUGUCUCGAGUGGCUAGACUCGAGGCCGAGAUCUUCCGUUGUCUACAUUUCUUUCGGGACGGUCGCGUAUUUGAAGCAAGAACAGAUGGAGGAGAUCUCUAAAGGGGUUUUGAAGUCUGGUUUAUCGUUCUUGUGGGUGAUUAGACCUCCAUUGGAGGAUCUACACCUCGAGGCACACGUGGUGCCUAAAGAACUCAAAGAAGCGUGUGAUCAAGGGAAAGGAAAGAUCGUGGAAUGGUGUCCGCAAGAUCAAGUCUUGGCUCAUCCUUCGUUGGCGUGUUUCGUUACUCAUUGUGGAUGGAACUCGACGACGGAGGCUUUGACUUCGGGAGUUCCGGUGGUUUGUUUUCCUCAAUGGGGAGAUCAAGUGACCAACGCGGCUUAUAUGGUUGAUGUUUUCAAGACGGCGGUGAGGCUUGGCCGUGGAGCUGCGGAGGGGAGAGUUGUGCCGGGGGAUGAAGUGGCGGAGAGGCUUUUGGAAGCGACGGUUGGGGAGAAAGCGGUGGAGCUGAGGAAGAAUGCUUUGAAAUGGAAACUGGAGUCGGAAGCUGCGGUGGCUCCGGGAGGUUCGUCGGAAAAGAAUUUCCGGGAGUUUAUGGAGAAGAUCGGGGUGAAGGAUAACGGAAAAUAGACAAAAUAAAUGUUUAUUUAUUGUUGUUGUAAUAAGAAGCUUUAUUUGGUUUGCAAUUGUUUGUUUUCCAUGGAAUAAUUGAACAAUUCAAGUCUGGCGCACGUUUGUUUCUAUUUUAGAACUUUCAUAUGUAUCCUUUUGUUAAUUUUUUGUUCUUACUUACGUAAUUUUCCCAAUAUAGCAAGAACACAA